AUGACACCAAGAUUGCCCGCGCUUUCAGCCACUUCUAAGGAUGUGCGUGCCUAUAUUUCUCGCACCCUCGUAACGAAGCUAGGCACAUCACCAGAUAUUGCAGAGGAAACUGCCAAAUUAUGGAAAGAUGGGCGGGGCGCAGAACUUUAUGACUUCACAGAACGAUCUUUCAGAGCACUUUUUGGAGAACAAACUGGCUGGUCUCUCUUUCGUAUCGUUCAUGAAGAAAAAGUUCAAGAUUGGAAACAAUCGAUUGUUGGACUGAUCAGCUCUUUCACUAUGUUUGGCGCACUUACUGUUACAAUUUGCCUUAUACUUCGUAUUCUUUUGCAGUGUACUUCAAAGGCUGCUUUCCCUUACGGCUUCAAAAAAGUUGGUCUUCCACUCUUUCAGGCAUCAUUGGUUUUAGGACUUUCCAUGAUCAACUAUGGUCUUCAAACACCUAGUUUUAACAGUGAUGCAAUCUUGGUAGGCGGUAUGAUGAUAAGUUUUCCUACAGUGUUUGGAGUGUACCUGUGUUCACUUCCCGAAGUGAUACGAGAUGAGGAGGGAAAUAGUUUAGGAUAUGCUUUGGUCGCUCCAAGUUGA